AUGUCUUCAUCCGCGACGUCUUCAUCGUCGGACAGAAGACUCCUUGAGAGCAGCUGCAGCAGGGCCGCCAAACCAGCAUCUUCCGGGAUGUUUCCCCGUUUUCCAAGCUACGGCUUAUCCCAGGCCAUGCCGCCACCAGCUCCUUGGACCAACCAGUGCAACAACUCGUUCCACCAGCCCGCUGCUCCUAUGGCCCCCGUCAUUCGCGGGGGCCACUCAGGGACUGCCCCUUCAUCGACGGCCGCAUCGCCUUACCGGCAUCCACACCAUCAGCACGUGUUCAUGCCUGCCAGCGACUCGCACCAGUCGAUCAAUGUCGCGAGCUACGACCUGCGUUCUGCCUCAACGUCCGCGACCCCACGAGGGUUUGCACACAGUGCCUCCGUUGCAGAAAGCGGCCUUCAGUUUCCGCAGCAUUUCCAGCAGCCUGGGAUGAGCAGCCACCACAUGACGACCCUUUCCCACGCAUCGGCUGCUACCCCGUCGAAGACUCUGGCCUGUUCCGAGACUGCGAAUGCGACCCAGCAGGCUAUGACGCCAUCGCCCGUCAUUGAGGAGCAGCAUAUUCGUGAGUUGCCUGCCCAUGAGCCGUACACGUACCUUCCCUCACUGGCCACGCUGUUUCAUCACGAGGCCAUGUUACAUUUUGCCACGACACACAUCCAGCCCACUCAGUCGGAUCAUGAGCAGCCUAUUGACAUUUCAAGCCAGCAACAGAGCGGGCCGAGUUCGAUGACAGCCCAGCAGCAAGACAGCGUGAGUGGCCAAACGAGUCAAUGCAAUCAGAAGCAACAGCACCAGCAGCAGCACCAAAUUCAAGUGCCCGGCGUGCUGAGUGUGCAGCAGAUGCAGCAUACCGACUGUUAUGGUUCGAUGGCACAGCAGCGCAUUCAAUCCACCCAGGCGCAGAGCGUGAACGACCACAAUGUCACGCCUCCGAUGUCAUCAGGCUACCAGAUGAUGGCGCCACAGUCGCACCAACACAGCAGCACAGACUGCGGUGGCUGUGCUGUCGGACUCCACGCGAACGUCCAACCCAUGUUUGGGCUGUAUCGUCUCAACGAUCGCCCCGUGGUGCCGGAUUCUCUGCUCCACCAUCAGCAGCAGAGAUUCGACACGUCCGCUAACUCCAUGACACAGCAGAACUUCUCGCAGCUGCAGGAGCAGACAGCGUCUACAUCUCCCGAGGCGAGCACACAGGAGCUAAGAGCAGGACCUAAGACCGCAGACGCAAACGAAGCGUUGCAGAGGAACGACACUCGGCCACACCGGUGUCCAGAACCGCAGUACCGGAAUGCUGCACCCACGAGCAUGGCGGCCAGGCUGCAGCGCUGCCAGGUGUUUCCCCCGGUCGGCGGAUUCGACGGUGCCAAGCUCCACCGCAAGUUUGUGUACAGUCGGUUUCGUUCGGUGCGGACCUUCCGAGACCCUGAUGGCACAAGCAGCUACUCUUGCUGUGCGUUUUCAGCUGGCUCCCAGUAUCUGUUCCUUGGCACCCUGGUCGGGGAACUGCACGUCUACAAUCUCUACACAGGCCUGGAGGAAGCAACUUACUCAUGCCACGAGUCGGAACUCACACAUUGCCAGCCAUCAAAGGACGGGAAAUUCUUGCUCACCUCAUCUGCGUGGCGGAGACCACUGUCAUCGUUGUGGAGCUUCACAGAUGUCUUCGACCAGAAGCUUACGUUUGACGACGACUACUAUGUGGAGUUCGGCAAGCAGUCGCUGGACCGGGUGCUGGGCACGAGGCACGAGACGGCCCACAUCUACGACACGUCCACGGGGGCCCUGCUCUCGACGCUGCGUGACGCCGACCUGUCGAACCAUUACACUCGCAACCGGGCCACCUUCAACCCAACCGACGAGCUGGUGCUCUCAGAUGGCGUGCUCUGGGACGUGCGCUCGGUGUCGCCCCUGCACAAGUUUGACAAGUUCAACCCCCACGUCAACGGUGUCUUCCACCCCAAUGGACUUGAGGUGAUUUCGAACUCUGAAGUCUGGGACUUGCGGACUUUCCGGCUCCUGCACACGGUGCCGGCUCUAGACCAGUGCCAGGUGACCUUCAACGGUGCCGGCGAUGUGUUGUAUGGCGCUGUGCUCACUGAGGACGAUGACGACUCGGCACGACUUUUCAGCUCUUCAUUCAGAACCUUCCAUGCGUCGGACUACUCCUCCAUAGCAACAAUCGACAUCAAGCGCAACAUCUACGAUCUCAAGCCUGAUGAGUCAGAUUAUUUCCUAGCUGUUGUGGAGAACCAGGGCACCAGGGAUGCCACGAUGAGCAGCUCGGAGAGCAUCUGUCGUCUCUACGAGGUCGGUCGGCAACGAGAGGAGGACGACGACGAGGAUGCAGAUGACGACGAGUCUGACAAUAUGGGUGAAGAGGACACCGAUGAGGACGAUGACGACGACUCCGGUGAAGAUGAAGACGCUGGCGAGGUGACGAAGCAGCGAAGGUGUGCGCCGUGGCUUGCCGUGGAUGGGUGGAGCGGUGGCGUCGUGGUGAAUAAAUGAAUUAUGACCCGCACAUUGCCGUUGUGUCGGGUGUCGAAUGGACUGACGGAAAACUGCGUGCGUGUGUUCCUUGUGCACGAACGAAACUGAGUUCACGGCGUGCCUGUCACUUGUCUCGGAACACCAUGCAAAUAUCUGUCCUUGAAAGUGAUUAAACCAUCUUUUUUACUCAA